CGCAAUUUGGCGCUUCGACAGCUCAAUCCACAACAGUCGCACUUGGCACUAUUUGUUCUUGUCAGGAUGGGCUAAACAGACUUCAGAUCAUUCUGCAAAAGUGUACUCAAGCCAAUGGCUCCAAGAUUUGCACCAGCCUUAACCGCCAAGUCAACCGAUCAUUAUACCCGUUCAGGCGAGAGACUCUAGUGGCACUCAUGGAGUUGUUAGACAGGCUGCAGGCGACCCUUAAUAUUUCCCUCCAAAUGCUAAUCAUUUCUAUGAUCACCAGCAACCAGAGCCAGAUUGAUCUAAUGGCCAGGGGUUUCACAACAACCGCGUCGAAUAUGAGGCAAAUCUUGGAAGCCACAAAUGGCCUGAAUCGGAGCAGUAUUGGCAUUGAUAACAGAUUAAAUAUGCUUGAGCGGCACCUGAAACAAGUAGCAUGA